AUGUCAUCAGAUUCUGUAUGUUUAUUAUCAUCACCAGAUCGAUCAAGUUCACCAUCAUUAAUAGAUCAGAUUGUUAAUGAUUGUGUAACAACAAAUCAGAUAUUUCAUGAUUAUACCGGUUCAUUAAUACAACAACCACGAUCGCCUGGAAAACGACAAUUAACUAUUGAAGAAUCACUUAUUACAACUAAUGAUCCUAAACGUCUUUGUAACAGUAAUUUUCGAGAACAGACUGAUUUGAAAAUAACUACACCAAAUAAUAUAAAUAGCCCAUCAUCAUUAUCAUCAUCUAUAUCAAAUUCCAUUGAUUCUCUAUCAAUUCCAUCCUCACCACCAUUAUCGGCCAAUGUAAUUAAUUGGUUAGCAGUUUUUUGGGCUAUGUCAAAUGAUGAUCGUAGUCGUGCAACUGAAGCACUUAUACGUACAUGUUCAACAAAUACUCUUCAAUUGAAUUAUAUUAGAAAUCAAAUAGAACCUUAUUUUCAACGUGAUUUUAUUCGUGAUCUUCCACGUGAAUUAGCAUUACAUGUAUUGAAAUAUUUACCAGCUCGUGAUGUUGCACGAGCAUCACGUACAUGUCGUGCUUGGUAUGAAACAUGUAAUGAUAUAUUAUUAUGGAAACGUUUAUGUAGAACAAAAUCUAUACCAUUAAAAAUUUCACAAACUAUAUUUGAUGAUAUUAUUGAUAAUCAAUGGAAACGUUCAUAUGCAUGUCAUAAACAUUUAGAAUAUGUAUGGCAACAUGGACAACCAUUACCUGAACCAUUAACAUUACGUGGUCAUGAAGAUUUUGUUAUAACUUGUUUACAAUUUGAUGGAAAACGUAUUGUAUCUGGUUCUGAUGACAAUUCAUUAAAAAUUUGGUCGGUUGCUACUGGACAAUGUGAACAAACAUUAAUUGGACAUAAUGGUGGUGUAUGGUGUAGUGAAAUGACAGAUGAUUUAAUUGUUAGUGGAAGUACAGAUCGAACAAUACGUGUAUGGAAUAUUAAUACAGGUGUCUGUCAACAUGUACUAUAUGGACAUACAUCAACAGUACGUUGUUUGGCAUUACAUGAUGAUAUUGUUGUAUCCGGGUCACGUGAUGCAACUGUUCGUGUAUGGAAUAUUCGUACAGGUGAACGUCUUCACAUGUUAAGUGGUCAUACAGCAGCUGUACGAUGUGUUUGUUAUAAUGGAAAAUAUGUAGUAUCAGGUGCAUAUGAUCAUACAAUACGGGUAUGGCUACCUGAUCAAGAACGAUGUGUACACACACUUGAAGGACAUACAAAUCGAGUAUAUUCACUUGUCUUUGAUGGUAAACAUAUUGUAUCGGGUUCAUUAGAUUGUAUGAUACGUGUAUGGGAUGUGGAACAAGGUACAUGUAUACAUCAAUUAACUGGUCAUUUAUCAUUAACAAGUGGUAUGCAAUUACGUGGAAAUAUUCUUGUUUCUGGUAAUGCAGAUUCAACUGUAAAAAUUUGGAAUAUUGAUUCUGGAAAAUGUUUGCAUACGCUUGCUGGACGUAAUAAACAUGCAUCAGCAGUAACGUGGGUUCAAGUUGUACUUAAUUAUGUUGUUAGUUCAGGGGAUGACGGAACUGUUAAAUUAUGGGAUUUAGCAACAGGAGAUUUUAUUCGAAAUCUUGUUACACUUGAAUCAGCUGGAAAUGGAGGUGUUGUCUGGCGUAUAAAAUGUACAGAUUCCGCAUUGGUAUGUGCAGCUGGAAGUCGUAAUAGCACUGAAGAUACAAAAGUGAUUAUGCUCGAUUUUGAUCGUACGACGAUCUGUUCAUAG